UGACAGUUCAUCCUAGAGCGGGGAUCGACCGAUCACCCGCUCAAGAUCUUAAAAAUUUUGCGAAACUAAUUAUCAUAGGAUGGGUGAUUCCUUGGAUAGCUCCGGGGAACCAUCCCCGGAGAUCCAAAUUGUCGUAGGACAUUGGGAAUUUGUUAAUUAUUUAAAGAAGAUUGUAAUGGUCCUUCUACCCGAUGAAGAUGUAGUACCACCCGCGUUCAAUUCCGCACUCGAAGAUAAGGACAACCAAGAGUCGAUACGAAAAUUCAUAAGCGAUUCUCAAGUGUGGGCGCUUUACAUACAAAGAAGUUCCAGUAAAGAGGAGGAUAAUAAUGAAGGAGAUGAAGAAAAAGAAAGUACUCUUUUCUAUAUAUCAAAUGAGAUACAUUUCACUAGUCCUAAAAUGGCCUCCUUAGUUUUAACAAAACGUGGAGCAAUAGUUGAAGCUGAUAAAUCUAUUCACUCACAGUUACAUUUAGUUACCUUCUCUGAUGGACCAGCAUAUGAAACAUUGCAUGCCAUUAGUAAAACUAUGGCUCCAUAUUUUAAAAGCUAUGUAAAAGAAACAGGUCGUACAGAUAGAGAUGGUGACAAAAUGGCACCAUCUGUUGAAAAGAAAAUAGCAGAACUUGAAAUGGGUUUAUUGCAUUUACAACAAAACAUAGAUAUUCCAGAGAUUUCAUUACAAAUUCAUCCAGUUGUUGCACAAGUAAUUAAACAAUGUGUGGAAGAAAAUCGUAAGCCCAAAGUUGCUGAUUUUGGUGACAAAGUUGAAGAUUCAACAUUCCUCAACCAGUUGCAGAAUGGUGUUAAUAGAUGGAUAAAGGAAAUUCAGAAGGUGACCAAACUAAAUCGUGAUCCAGAAUCAGGUACAGCUUUACAAGAAAUUUCUUUUUGGUUAAACCUGGAAAGAGCAUUGCAUCGAAUACAAGAGAAAAGAGAAAGUAUAGAGAUUACUUUGACCCUUGAUAUACUUAAGUAUGGAAAGAGAUUCCACGCAACCGUUAGUUUUGAUAUAGAUACUGGCCUACAACAAGCUUUGGCUACUGUCGACGAUUACAAUCCCUUAAUGAAAGAUUUUCCAAUCAAUGAUUUACUAUCAGCUACAGAACUUGAAAGAAUAAAAACUAGUGUUCAGCAAAUAUUUAUGCACUUACGAAAAAUUAGAAGCACAAAAUAUCCUAUUCAAAGAGUACUGAGGUUGAUAGAAGCUAUUUCUAGAGACCUCGGGCGUCAACUUCUUAAAGUGUUAGGCACAAGGAGAUUAAUGCACAUUCCAUAUGAUGAGUUUGAAAAAGUUAUGGAACAAUGUUUUGAAGUAUUUAAUACAUGGGAUGAUGAAUAUGAAAAAUUAACUGGAUUACUAAGAGAUAUUGUUAAGAAGAAACGAGAUGAAAAUAUGAAAAUGGUAUGGAGAGUUUCACCAGCGCAUAAAAAAAUACAAGCUAGAAUGGAACAAAUGCGAAAUUUCCGCCGACAACACGAACAACUCAGAACAGUCAUUCUUCGCGUACUAAGACCUACCGUUCGUCAGAAGAAUAACAAUAAUGCGGCAAUAGAGAAGUCAGAUAACGAUAAUGUAAAGGUCGAAUUGGGUUUGGUUGCGGCAGAUGUAAAUGCCAUUAGUGAAGUAAAUUUGGCGUAUGAAAAUGUAAAAGAAAUUGAUUGUCUUGAUAUUACUAAAGAAGGUGUUGAAUCCUGGAAGGCUGCUGUCCAUAGAUAUGAAGAACGUAUCGAUAGAGUUGAAGCAAGAAUUACGGCGCAUCUCCGAGAACAACUAGGUACUGCGAAGAAUGCGAACGAAAUGUUCAGAAUUUUUUCACGUUUCAAUGCACUGUUUGUAAGACCACAUAUCCGUGGCGCUAUUAGAGAAUAUCAAACACAGUUGAUACAGAGAGUAAAAGAUGAUAUAGAAACGUUACAUGAAAAGUUCAAGGUUCAGUAUGCACAAAGUAAAUGUUGUAGAAUGAGCAUAGUCAGAGAUUUACCACCUGUUGCUGGCUCUAUUAUUUGGGUCAAGCAAAUUGAUUACCAGCUUACAAUGUACUUAAAACGAGUUGAAGAUGUCUUAGGGAAAGGCUGGGAAAGUCAUAUUGAAGGUCAAAAAUUAAAAGCUGAUGGAGAUAGUUUUCGUAUGAAGCUAUCGACUCAGGAAAUUUUUGACGAUUGGGCACGUAAAGUGCAACUAAGAAAUCUUGGCGUUACCGGAAGGAUUUUUAUAAUUGAAAAUGUCCGAUCACGAUCAGGUCAUGGUACUUUAUUAAAGUUGAAAGUGAAUUUCCUUCCUGAAAUUAUUACAUUAUCAAAGGAAGUAAGAAACAUGAGAAAUCUUGGUUUCCGUGUACCUUUAUCAAUUGUGAAUAGAGCACAUAUGGCCAAUCAGUUAUACCCCUUUGCUAUCAGUUUGAUCGAGAGCAUCAGAACUUACGAAAGAACACUCGAAAAGCUUACCAAUCGGAGUCCUCACUGCCCCGCACUGAAGAUCGAAGAUAAAGCCAGUAUCAUACCAUUAGUUGCUGGAAUGCGUAACGACGUGUUGUCGCUUAUUUCUGAAGGGAUUGGGAUGAUUUGGGAAAGUUAUAAGUUGGAUCAGUAUGUGCAACGUCUUUCCGAAACUGUUGUUUCAUUUCAAGAAAAAGUUGAAGAUCUUAUGGUGGUUGAAGAACAAUUGGAUGUUGAUGUUCGAUCUCUUGAAACAUGCCCAUAUUCGGCAAAUACAUUUGCCGAUAUACUUUCCAAAAUUCAGAAAGCCGUGGACGAACUAUCUUUAAAGAAUUAUUCAAAUUUAACUAUUUGGGUGUCUAGACUCGAUCAAGAAGUAGAAAAGAAUUUAGCAGCCAGAUUAGAAGCUGGGAUAAAAGCAUGGACUGAUGCACUCACUGGUCAAAAGAGGGGAGUAGAUCUAAGUAUGGAUACAGAUGCACCUUCUCAGCCAACUCAUAAACCUGGUGGUGAUCCGAAGAUUCAGAAUCAAAUACACGAAGUUCGCAUAACUAAUCAGACAAUGUACUUGUAUCCAAGCAUUGAAGAUGCAAGGUUCCAAAUAAUGCAACAAUUGUUUGCAUGGCAAGCUAUUGUCACUUCCCAAGUUCGACUACAGAGUUCAAGAUAUAACGUAGGUUUAUAUAAACCUGAAUCGGGUACUUAUAGAAAUUUACUUACAAAAUUACCGUACGGAGUACAUCAUUUAGAAGCAGCUUAUGAAGCAGUUGAAUCUAAAAUGAAAGAUAUUGCCGAUUAUGUGGAUCAAUGGUUGCGCUAUCAAGCUCUUUGGGACCUACAACCAGAUAAUUUAUAUGGAAAAUUAGGAGAAAACAUAAACUUGUGGAUGAAAUGUUUAAAUGAUAUUAAAAAAUCCAGAGCUACUUUCGAUACAUCGGACACUAGACGCGAAUUUGGUCCGGUUAUCAUUGAUUUUGCAAAGGUACAAAGCAAAGUAUCUUUGAAAUAUGAUUCGUGGCACAAAGAAACUUUGGGUAAGUUCGGAACUCUUCUCGGCAAUGAAAUGUCUAGCUUCCAUUCGCAAAUAUCAAAAUCAAGAAGCGAUUUAGAGCAACAAUCCAUUGAAGCUGCUAGUACCUCAGAUGCAGUUGGAUUCAUAACUUAUGUUCAAUCGUUGAAACGUAAAAUGAAAGCCUGGGAGAAACAAGUUGAUAUAUAUCGCGAAGGUCAAAGAAUAUUGGAACGUCAAAGGUUCCAGUUCCCUUCCUCUUGGUUACAUGUGGAUAACAUAGAAGGCGAAUGGGGUGCAUUCAAUGAAAUAAUUAAGAGGAAAGAUACAAAUAUACAAACACAAGUUGCGUCGCUACAAAUGAAAAUUGUAGCAGAAGAUAAAGCAGUUGAAAUAAGGACCACUGAUUUCCUGAGUGAUUGGGAAAGAGGCAAGCCAGUUGAGGGUCAUUUGCGGCCAGACGAUGCAUUGCAACAAUUACAGUUGUUUGAAAGCAAGUUUGCUAGAUUGAAAGAGGAAAGAGACAAUGUAGCAAAGGCUAAGGAGGCUUUAGAGUUACAGGAACCGGGAGUUGUUUCAACCAGUGAGGAUAGAAUGCAAAUAGUAUUCGAAGAGCUUCAAGAUUUAAAAGGAGUUUGGUCAGAAUUGUCAAAAAUAUGGGCGCAGAUCGAUGAUACGCGUGAAAAACCAUGGUUAUCCGUUCAGCCAAGAAAAUUACGCCAACAGUUAGACGGAAUGAUGGCACAACUAAAAGAACUACCAGCCAGACUAAGGCAAUACUCUUCGUACGAAUAUGUCAAGAAAAUGUUGCAAAGUUAUACCAAAGUUAACAUGCUAAUUGUGGAAUUGAAAUCUGAUGCUUUGAAAGAAAGACAUUGGAAACAAUUAACAAGGCAAUUACGAGUAAAUUGGGUAUUGAGUGAACUUACCCUUGGCCAAGUCUGGGACGUAAAUUUACAGAAAAAUGAAGGAAUAGUAAAAGACAUUAUUCUUGUUGCACAAGGUGAAAUGGCAUUAGAGGAGUUCUUAAAGCAAGUACGAGAAUCUUGGCAAACUUACGAAUUGGAUUUGAUAAAUUACCAAAAUAAGUGUAGAUUAAUUCGUGGUUGGGAUGAUCUUUUCAAUAAGGUCAAAGAACACAUCAAUUCCGUCGCUGCUAUGAAACUCUCUCUUUACUAUAAAGUAUUUGAGGAGGAAGCAUUAACUUGGGAAGAAAAAUUAAAUAGAAUCAAUGCAUUAUUUGACGUAUGGAUAGACGUUCAACGACGUUGGGUUUAUCUAGAAGGCAUUUUCUCGGGAAGCGCUGAUAUCAAAACUUUAUUGCCUGUUGAAACAUCUCGUUUCCAGAGCAUUAGUUCGGAGUUCCUUGGUUUGAUGAAAAAAGUAUCUAAAUCUCCGAUGGUCAUGGACGUCCUAAAUAUUCCUGGUGUACAAAGAGCACUUGAACGUUUAGCUGAUUUACUUGGCAAAAUACAAAAAGCUUUAGGAGAAUAUCUUGAAAGAGAACGUACGUCGUUUCCACGCUUUUAUUUCGUGGGUGAUGAGGAUUUGUUGGAAAUUAUCGGUAACAGCAAAAACAUCGCGAGAUUACAAAAACACUUUAAAAAAAUGUUUGCUGGUGUAGCAGCUAUUCUGUUGAACGACGAUAAUAAUAUUAUUACUGGCAUUGCCUCUCGCGAAGGAGAAGAAGUGCUUUUCCAAAAUCCAGUAUCUACUGUUGAUCAUCCGAAAAUCAACGAAUGGUUGACUCUUGUAGAGAAAGAAAUGAGAGUUACACUAGCAUCGAGUCUUGCAAGAGCGGUGCAAGAUAUCAAACAGUUCAAAGAUGGAAAUAUUAAUCCUCAGGCGUUCAUGACAUGGUGUGACAAUUACCAGGCUCAAAUUAUAGUCCUAGCUGCUCAGAUCUUGUGGUCGGAAGACGUUGAAGCUGCUCUGCAUGAAGCGCAAAGUGAUCCAAGUAAGCCUCCAUUAAGGCGGAAGAAAUUAGAGCAUCUGAUUAACGAAUUCGUACAUAAACGCACCGUAACAAGGAGAUUAAUUUCAAACAAAGUUUCCAAUCCGAAAGCAUUUGAGUGGCUAUGCGAAAUGAGAUUCUACUUCGAUCCGAGACAGACUGAAGUUUUGCAACAACUUACAAUACAUAUGGCAAAUGCCAAAUUUUUUUACGGGUUUGAAUAUCUAGGAGUGCAAGAUAGGUUGGUACAAACACCUUUGACCGAUAGGUGUUAUUUAACAAUGACUCAAGCCUUAGAAGCUCGUCUCGGAGGUUCUCCGUUUGGACCGGCUGGAACAGGGAAAACUGAAUCCGUGAAGGCUCUCGGCCAUCAACUGGGAAGAUUUGUAUUAGUAUUUAAUUGUGACGAAACAUUCGACUUUCAGGCCAUGGGUCGUAUUUUCGUUGGUCUCUGUCAAGUAGGAGCAUGGGGUUGUUUCGAUGAAUUUAAUCGUCUCGAAGAGCGUAUGCUUUCAGCUGUUUCCCAACAAGUGCAAACAAUUCAAGAAGCACUAAAAAGUCAAAUGGAAGGAAAGAAAGAAGGAACAUUGUGUGUAGAAUUAGUUGGAAAACAAGUUAAAGUAUCUACAGAUAUGGCGAUCUUCAUUACAAUGAAUCCAGGCUACGCUGGACGAUCAAAUCUUCCCGAUAAUUUGAAGAAACUCUUUAGAUCGUUAGCUAUGACGACACCAGAUAGACAGUUGAUUGCUGAAGUAAUGCUUUUCAGUCAGGGAUUUAGAUCGGCUGAAAAAUUAGCAUGCAAGAUCGUACCAUUCUUCAAGCUGUGCGAUGAACAACUUUCUAAUCAAUCUCACUAUGAUUUCGGGCUUCGAGCACUUAAAUCUGUACUUAUUUCCGCUGGAAAUGUGAAACGUGAUCGAAUUCAAAAGAUUAAAGAAGGCAUGCAGAAUCGUGGCAAGACUAAUAUCGACGAGGCUUCGAUCGCAGAAAAUUUGCCAGAACAAGAAAUUCUUAUACAAUCCGUUUGCGAAACAAUGGUACCAAAAUUAGUCGCCGAAGAUAUUCCAUUGCUAUUCAGUUUACUCAAUGAUGUAUUCCCGAAUGUGAAUUACACACGUGCUGAAAUGAAGGGAUUGAAGGAUCAAAUAAGGAAGGUAUGCAUGGAAGAGUACCUGGUGUGUGGUGAAGGUGACGAACAAGGAGGGGCUUGGCAGGAAAAGGAAAUGGUCGGUGAGACCUGGGUAGAAAAGGUACUGCAACUCUAUCAAAUUUGUAAUCUGAAUCAUGGAUUGAUGAUGGUCGGACCGAGUGGCUCUGGAAAAACGACGGCAUGGAAAGUACUGUUGAAAGCUUUGGAACGAUUCGAAGGAAUAGAAGGAGUUGCCCAUGUGAUCGAUCCUAAAGCUAUUAGCAAAGAAACAUUGUACGGUGUAUUAGAUCCGAAUACACGCGAAUGGACAGACGGUCUUUUUACACAUAUUCUUAGAAAAAUUAUAGACAAUGUAAGAGGAGAAAUCAAUAAACGACAAUGGAUCAUAUUUGACGGCGAUGUUGAUCCAGAAUGGGUUGAAAACUUGAAUUCCGUAUUAGACGACAAUAAACUGCUGACGUUACCAAACGGUGAACGUUUAAGUUUACCACCAAACGUGAGAGUUAUGUUUGAAGUGCAAGACCUAAAAUAUGCCACAUUGGCUACUGUCUCUCGUUGCGGUAUGGUUUGGUUCUCCGAUGAUGUACUUUCUACAGAGAUGAUAUUUGAAAAUUACAUGUUACGUUUAAGAAACAUUCCACUCGAAGACGGAGAAGAAGACAAUCUUAGCAAAAAGAUGACGGAAAAGGACGAUACUUUGUCUCCUGCAUUAUCGGUACAGAGAGAAGUUGCUAGCAUUUUACAAAGUUACUUUGCACCAGAUGGAUUGGUAGUGAGAUGUUUAGAGUAUGCCAUGAAGCAAGAACAUAUAAUGGAUUUUACACGUCUCCGAGCAUUAAGCUCCCUAUUCUCCAUGCUAAAUCAAGCUGUGCGCAAUGUUUUACAAUAUAAUCAUUCGCAUACUGAUUUUCCUUUGCCAAGCGAACAACUGGAGCGUUACAUCCCAAAGUGUUUAGUGUACGCGUUGUUGUGGAGUUUCGUAGGAGAUGCGAAAUUAAAAGUUAGAUCCGAUUUAGGAGAUUUCGUUCGAUCUAUUACGACUAUACCCUUGCCAACGCAAAGUAACAUUCCUAUUAUUGAUUUUGAAGUAAGCAUCCAUGGUGAAUGGUUGCCUUGGAGCAAUAAAGUUCCGCAGAUCGAAGUAGAAACGCAUAAAGUUGCCAGUCCAGAUAUCGUUGUUCCCACUUUAGACACUGUAAGGCACGAGAUUUUACUUUACACAUGGUUGGCAGAGCACAAGCCAAUAGUGCUUUGCGGACCACCGGGCUCUGGUAAAACCAUGACUCUUUUCUCUGCUUUACGAGCUUUGCCCGAUAUGGAGGUCGUUGGGUUAAACUUUUCAUCCGCUACUACACCUGAAUUGCUGUUGAAAACUUUUGAUCAUUAUUGCGAAUAUCGUAAAACACCUAACGGUGUUGUGCUCUCUCCGGUACAAUUAGGCAAAUGGUUGGUCUUAUUCUGUGAUGAAAUCAAUUUACCCGAUAUGGAUAAUUAUGGAACACAACGUGUAAUCUCGUUCCUGAGGCAGUUAGUAGAACAUAGAGGUUUCUACCGAACUAGCGAUCAAGCAUGGGUUACUUUGGAAAGAAUUCAGUUUGUUGGCGCUUGUAAUCCUCCAACAGAUCCAGGCAGAAAACCUCUUACCCAUAGAUUCCUAAGGCACGUUCCAGUAAUUUAUGUCGAUUAUCCAGGAGAGACAUCUUUGAAACAAAUCUAUGGAACAUUUACACGCGCCAUGCUUAGGUUAACACCGUCUUUAAGAGGUUACGCAGAAUCUUUGACGAAUGCAAUGGUAGAAUUUUAUUUAGCUUCGCAGGAAAGAUUUACCCAAGACAUGCAACCACAUUAUGUUUAUUCUCCGCGUGAAAUGACGCGUUGGGUGCGCGGGAUCUGCGAAGCUAUCAGACCCCUUGACAAUCUGUCGAUUGAAGGGUUAGUACGUUUGUGGGCACAUGAGGCGCUUCGCCUCUUCCAAGAUAGGUUAGUAGAAGAUUCUGAAAGAGCUUGGACCAAUAAAAAUAUCGACACUGUCGCCAUGAAACACUUUAUGGGUGUUGAUAAAGAGAGAGCACUAGCCAGACCUAUACUAUACAGUAAUUGGUUAUCUAAAGAUUAUGUACCAGUCAAUAGACAAGAAUUGCGAGAUUAUGUUAAAGCAAGAUUGAAAGUAUUUUACGAAGAGGAAUUGGACGUUCCUUUGGUUCUUUUUGACGAAGUUCUUGAACAUGUUCUACGAAUCGACAGAAUUUUCCGACAGCCUCAGGGACACUUAUUACUUAUUGGUGUCUCUGGUGCUGGGAAGACGACUCUGUCUAGGUUCGUUGCAUGGAUGAACGGUUUGUCCAUAUUCCAAAUAAAGGUUCAUAAUAAAUACACCGGCGAAGACUUUGACGAAGAUUUGCGUCAAGUUCUAAGACGAUCUGGUUGCAAGGAUGAAAAAAUAGCAUUUAUUCUCGACGAAUCGAAUGUUUUAGACUCCGGUUUCCUCGAACGUAUGAAUACUUUACUUGCAAACGGAGAAGUGCCUGGUUUAUUCGAGGGUGAUGAGUAUACAACUCUUAUGACGCAAUGCAAAGAAGGAGCACAGCGCGAGGGUCUUAUGUUAGAUUCUAACGAAGAACUGUAUAAAUGGUUCACCGGUCAAGUUAUGAAGAACUUGCACGUUGUAUUUACAAUGAAUCCCAGCACGGAUGGUCUUAAAGAUCGAGCUGCGACAUCACCUGCAUUGUUCAACAGAUGUGUGUUGAACUGGUUUGGCGAUUGGUCAGAUAACGCACUAUUCCAAGUCGGAAAAGAAUUUACCAGUCGAGUGGAUUUGGAAAGACCUUCAUGGAAGUGUCCAGAUUUCUUCCCAUCUGUUUGCUCUCUAAUACCAUCGCAGCCUUCUCACAGAGAUGCUGUCAUAAAUGCUUGCGUUUACGUACACCAAACGUUACAUAAAGCUAAUGCUAGACUCGCGAAGCGAGGUAGUAGAACUAUGGCUAUUACACCCCGCCAUUAUUUAGAUUUCAUCAAUCACUUUGUGAAAUUGUAUCAAGAGAAGAGAAGUGAUUUAGAAGAACAACAGUUGCAUCUGAACGUUGGUUUAAGCAAAAUCGCAGAAACAGUAGAACAAGUGGAAGAAAUGCAGAAGAGUUUGGCAAUUAAAUCUCAGGAACUGCACGCGAAAAAUGAAGCUGCGAAUGCAAAAUUCAUCGUAAAGGUAGCUUUAGAAUCUAUAUGCCUGUUACUCGAGGAAAAUGCUACCGAUUGGAAACAGAUUCGUGCUGUCAUUAUGAAGGAUAGUUUCAUACCAACCAUCGUCAACUUCAACACGGAAAAUCUCACCCGCAAGAAAUUGUUGGAUACGGUGAAAUCGAUAAAGAAACAACAUUUAGUCGAAGUCCGGUCCAUGGCGAAUCCGCCGGCGAUCGUGAAGGUUGCAUUGGAGUCUAUCUGCUUAUUGCUCGGUGAAAAUGCCAGUGACUGGAAAUCUAUCCGCGCUGUCAUCAUGAGAGACAACUUUAUCAAUACUAUUGUCUCUAAUUUCAGUACCGAGGAUAUUACUGAUGAAGUGAGAGAAAAAAUGAAGAGCCGCUACUUAAGUAAUCCUGACUAUAAUUUUGAAAAAGUUAACCGAGCCAGUAUGGCUUCUACCGCGCAGAUUGAGUAUGCAGACAUGCUGAAACGAGUAGAACCCCUAAGAGAUGAACUUCAUUCGUUAGAACGACAGGCUGAAACGAAUAAACAAAGAGGCGAAGAAGUGAAAAAUUUGAUUGCUCAAUUAGAGCAAAGCAUAGCUUCGUAUAAGGAAGAAUACGCUCAGCUCAUUUCUCAGGCACAAGCUAUUAAAGCUGACUUGGAAAGCGUACAAGCUAAAGUGGAUCGUUCUAUCGCCUUAUUGAAAUCGUUGGUGAUCGAAAGAGAACGUUGGGAAGCAACUAGCGAAACGUUUAAAAGUCAAAUGUCUACGAUUAUCGGAGAUGUACUCUUGUCCUCUGCUUUCCUUGCGUACGCUGGAUAUUUCGAUCAACAUUACCGACAAAAUUUGUUCAGUACUUGGUGUCAGCAUUUGCAACAAGCAAAUCUACAGUUCCGACCGGAUAUAGCGAGAACAGAGUAUCUCUCAAAUCCUGAUGAACGUUUGAGGUGGCAAGCUAAUGCCCUGCCAACGGAUGAUCUUUGUACCGAAAAUGCUAUUAUGUUGAAACGUUUCAACAGGUACCCGUUAAUUAUCGAUCCAUCCGGACAAGCAACUGAAUUUAUAAUGAAUGAAUUUAAAGAGCGAAAGAUCACGAAAACAAGCUUCUUGGACGACUCGUUUAGGAAGAAUCUCGAGAGCGCUUUACGUUUUGGUAAUCCUUUAUUGGUACAGGACGUUGAAAAUUAUGACCCGAUAUUAAAUCCUGUUCUAAAUAGAGAACUAAGAAGAACAGGUGGACGUGUGUUGAUUACACUUGGAGAUCAAGAUAUCGAUCUUUCACCAUCUUUUGUGAUAUUCUUAUCAACGAGAGAUCCGACAGUAGAAUUCCCACCAGAUAUCUGCUCUCGUGUUACCUUCGUAAACUUCACCGUUACUAGAAGUUCUCUGCAAAGUCAAUGUUUGAACCAAGUCCUGAAAGCUGAACGUCCGGAUAUCGACGAGAAGAGGUCUGACUUAUUGAAAUUACAAGGUGAAUUCCACUUGCGACUGAGACAACUCGAGAAAUCUUUGUUACAAGCAUUGAACGAUGCUAAGGGGAAAAUCCUCGACGAUGAUUCUGUGAUAACCACUCUUGAAACUUUGAAACAAGAAGCGGCUGAUAUUAGUAAGAAAGUCGAAGAGACAGAUAAAGUCAUAGGAGAAAUUGAGACAGUCUCCCAACAAUAUAUGCCCUUAUCUCAAGCUUGUUCGAAUAUGUACUUUACAAUGGAUAGUUUGAAUCAAGUGCACUUCUUGUACCAGUAUUCUUUGAAAAUGUUCUUAGAUGUUUUCACUUCUGUUCUCUCUCAAAAUCCAAGACUGUCUAAUAUAUCGGACCAUACGCAAAGACUAUCGGUUAUUACCAGCGAUUUAUUCUCUGCCUGUUACGAACGCGUUGCUCGUGGAAUGUUGCAUACGGAUAGAUUAACGUUUGCAUUGUUAUUAUGCAGAAUACACUUGAAAGGUAUCAUCACCGAAUCCACGUAUGACAGUGAAUUCACAUUCUUCUUGCGUGGAAAGGAAGGUGUAUUGAAUAUACGGGGACCUAUUUUGCCUAAUUUGAGUUCGGAACAACAAGAAGCUAUGAUGCGGUUGAGUCUGAGGCUCCCAGCUUUCAGAAAACUGGCAGAAAAGAUUCAAGAGAAUGCAGAAUUUAACUCGUGGUUACAAUCACCAACUCCAGAGACCUGUGUGCCAAAACUUUGGGACGAGGAAAAGCCGUUGACUCCGAUUGGAACAGCUAUGCACCAAUUAUUGAUAAUUCAAGCAUUCCGACCUGAUCGUGUGAUAGCUGCUGCAUCUUUAGUCAUAACUUCCGCCUUGGGAGAAUCUUUCAUGGCUGCUGCGGAAGCAGAACUUGAUUUUGCUUCGGUGGUGGAGAAUGAAUUGAAAGCUACUGUGCCUGCUCUGUUAUGCUCGGUACCAGGUUUCGAUGCCUCUGGUCGAGUGGAUGAUUUGGCAGCUGAAUCGGGAAAACAAAUAGCCAGCAUCGCGAUAGGAUCUGCAGAAGGAUUCAAUCAGGCUGAUAGAGCGAUAAACAUGGCUGUUAAAGCUGGCAGAUGGGUACUAUUGAAGAAUGUUCAUCUAGCACCGCAGUGGUUAGUACAGCUUGAAAAGAAAUUGCAUAGCUUACAACCACAUACCAAUUUUAGACUAUUCUUAACCAUGGAGAUUAAUCCGAAGGUACCAGUAAAUCUACUGAGAGCUGGUCGAAUAUUUGUCUUCGAACCACCCCCUGGAAUUAGGGCAAACUUGUUGCGAACGUUCAGUACCGUACCUCCGUCAAGAAUGAUGAAAGCACCUAAUGAAAGAGCCCGUCUUUAUUUCCUGUUAGCAUGGUUCCACGCUAUUGUUCAAGAACGUCUUCGAUAUGCACCGCUAGGAUGGGCUAAGCAUUACGAAUUCAACGAGAGCGACCUGAGAGUAGCUUGCGAUACUCUCGACACAUGGAUAGAGGCUACUGCUAUGGGCAGAACUAACUUACCACCGGAGAAGGUACCUUGGGAUGCUCUAGUGACACUCCUUUCUCAAUGCAUAUACGGUGGUAAAAUUGAUAACGAUUUCGAUCAACGUCUUCUUGCAUCAUUCCUUCGAAAGCUCUUUACCCCGCGAUCUUUUGAGGCUGAUUUUGCACUAGUUGCUAACAUUGAUGGCUUGCAAGGAAGUCAACGACAUAUUACUAUGCCGGACGGAACCAGGCGCGAUCAUUUUCUUAAGUGGAUCGAGUCAUUAUCAGAUCGACAAACACCUUCAUGGCUUGGCCUACCGAAUAAUGCUGAGAAAGUACUACUCACAACCAGAGGAACAGACUUGGUGUCUAAAUUAUUAAAGAUGCAACAACUGGAAGACGAAGACGAACUAGCUUAUUCUAAUGAGGAGUCAUUGGAUACACCUAUAGAAGCAGAGGCUGAUGGUCGACCAUCGUGGAUGAGAACGUUACAUAAUUCGGCAUCAACAUGGUUACAAUUGCUUCCAAAGAAUUUGCCAACUUUAAAGAGAACUGUGGAAAAUAUAAAGGAUCCUCUCUAUAGAUACUUUGAGAGAGAAGUUAACAGCGGUGCUAAAUUACUACAAGAAGUGAUCCAUGAUUUAGAAGAUGUAGUUUUAAUUUGCCAGGGUAAAAAGAAGCAGACUAAUUACCAUAGAACUAUGUUAUCGGAAUUAGUAAAGGGUAUUCUACCAGCUGGUUGGAGACGAUAUAUGGUACCAAGAGGGUGUACUGUCAUACAAUGGAUAACAGAUUUUAGUCAUAGAGUAUCACAGUUGCAAGAAGUUUCGCGACUAGUAUCUCAAGGAGGAGCUAAGGAAAUUAAGAGCUUUCCAGUUUGGCUCGGUGGAUUAUUGAAUCCCGAAGCAUACAUUACGGCAACGAGACAGUGCAUAGCACAAGUAAACAGCUGGUCACUCGAAGAACUUCAGCUAGAUGUGACUAUAGGGGACGGUGAUAACAUUGCAACGGACGAUUGUUCAUUUGCUGUAACUGGUCUUAAAUUACAAGGAGCGCAGUGCAAAGAUAAUCAGCUGUAUUUGACAUCGACUAUAAUGACCGAUUUACCAGUUACCAUGUUGAGGUGGAUACGAUCUGCCACUGAUGAUGUACGAAAAGGCAAACUGUCUUUACCAGUUUACUUGAACAGCACACGUACCGAAUUAUUAUUUACCGUUGAUUUAAAUAUUGCUCCUAGUCAAGAUCCUCACAGUUUCUACGAAAGGGGAGUCGCUGUUCUUACAUCCACUGCUUUGAAUUAAUACUUUUAACGUUAGUAAAUUAUUCCGCCUUCGAAAGCAAGUAUUUUCAACGUAAUUCUGCAUCGAAGUGCGAUAUCUAACAAUUAAUGUAAUGAUAAAGUUACUUUGCAAACGAUAUAGUAUCGGUAUAAUUCAGGGAUGGGCAAACGGACGUUUCAGAACUACUUCUUCGAGUCUUCGAGUAUAGUGUAAUUUUUCUUUGAG